AUGGAACUAUACAAACAAGCCUCUGCCUACUUUGGCCACAGUGGAGGACCUUACUCCCUGUACGUGCUGGGCCAGCAGCUCAUUGUUGUGACACAACCAGAGCACAAAGCCCAGAUAUUCAAAGACAACGAAGUUUACAGUUUCGAUACAUUCAUCGAUCUUCUCUAUUCGCGAGUGGGUAACGUUUCAGAUGCUGCCUUAGCUAUUCUUUGGCGCAAACCUUGUGAUGGUUUCGUUUCACUGCAUCCGAACCCCAAGCAAAAGGUGCUUGUACACACUGGCCAAGAGCUACUCCACAAGCAAUUGCUUUCACCUGGACCCUCCAGAGACCUGUUGGUGAAGGCCGCGGUGAACCUGGAGCUUAAUAUGCGGUGGGAUGCGAUCGCUUCCACAGACAUGACCAGCCAGGCGGCGGACAGGACCGUUAAAGUCAUCGGCUUACACUCCUGGUGCCGCGAUGUAGCCAUUGGAUCCCAGACGGAUACGUUCUUUGGACCAUAUCUAAGCGAGUUGGAGCCUGACUACCGCCUAAUAUACGAUCAGUGGGAUAUCAAUUCCUGGAUGUCCACGUACUCGUACCCGAGUUUCAUGGCCAAACCGGCGACGGUGCCACGAGAGAAGCUGGUCAAGGUUAUAAUGGGCUACCUGGAUGGACCUCCGGAGAGAAAAUCCGAGAAUGUGGCUUACGUAUCCGAAUUGGAGCAAGAAAUGAGGCACGCCGGCCUUGACAGUGAGACUUGUGCACGAAUCUUGAUGAUGAUUCUGUGGGGUCUUAAUUCCAAUGUGCAAAUGACGACCUUCUGGGUCAUGGUUCACAUCCUGCAGGAUGCCGCCCUUGUAGCGGACGUCCGCAAGGAGAUCGUGCCCAUCAUGGAGGCUGUCAGCCGAACCAAGAGCAAUUAUUCCGAGAUGAUGCGGGAUGGUUUGUUUCGAUCGUGCCCGGUGCUCAACUCGGUAUUUAACGAGAUCCUUCGCUUCUACAACACGGGCUCUUCGAUGCGCGAGACAACACGCGAAGCGUGCAUCGCUGGGAAGACCAUCCCCAAAGGGACCAAGAUAAUUUUGCCCCAACGCCAACUUCUCCUUGCUCCUGAGGCUUUUGGCGAGGAUGCUCAGACUGUCAACCCAUACCGCUUCGUUCAGAACAAGGACAUUGAAAGACAUGAGUAUUACCGUCCAUUUGGACAGGGCAUCACUCACUGCAGCGGAAAGACCAUAGGUCGUUUUGAAGUAUUAGCCUUUGUAGCUUGGGCUCUGUGGAGAUACAAGCUCAAGGUGGUGGCCCUGGGUCAAAAGGCGAUCGAUGGAACCGAAGGCAAGACUGUGCCAAGGAUCGAUUUGAAGAAGCCAAGUCUAGGUAUCAGUAAGCAAAUAGAGGGAGAUGACCUGGUGUUGGAGGUCAGGCAGUGGAGUACAUGA